GGCAUCAUUGACAUGGUGCCAAAACGCGCGCGCGCCUCGCUUCCAAACAUCACGUGGAAUUUGAUGUAUAUAAACAAAGAAGAAGGGUUUCUCAAAGAAACUUAAUUUUCAUUUCAACAUCGGAGAAAUUAGUGUGGACCGUAGGUCUCGUGCAAAUCGAUGACGUCACAUAUUCGUCCUCUAAGUGCAUGUUUAGAGCGGUGGAAUAUAGGUAGUAAUAUGGAAGCGGUCGGGCUUCUACCUACGCCAGUUCCGUCAACUAACUCUCCGGAACCGACCACCCAACGCAGCAUCGUGGAGCAGUUACUGGACAAAAAGUUGGCGGAGGGCGAUUUCUGGUACGUGGUCGUCGCUGAGUGGUUGGAACAUCUUAAAAAGUACCUGGGAAUCGCCUCAACAAGAAAGUAUUAUCAAAAUAAAGCCGCAUCACCGCCUGGACCAAUCCACACUCGCCGUGAUUACGCGCAUACAGUGGACUUUUUACACGAAGAUGCCUGGCGUAUGUUGGUGAGCUGGUACGGCCUGGCCGAAGGUCAUAAACCAAUGAAACUUGUGGUGUUUGGAUACAAGAGAGGAGCGGAAAUCGAACACAAUUUGAACUCUUUCAAGGUUAUGUUAUCUACUUCGCCGGCUGAAGAUUUCCAUAACGUGAGAUUUAGCAAAAUGGAAAGAGCCGGUCACAUUGAGUGGAAAGUCCGAGAACUUUACAGAACGCCAAAUUCACAACAAACGAGAUUGUGGGCCAAGGCAGAUGUGGACAGUGAUUGGCAGCCUGUGUUACAUCGCGACAGAUCCAUGGGAAAAAUACUAGGAGUAGAUUCCGAUUUCACGCGACCAAUCGUCGCUAUGGAAGUGUGUAGUAGAGAAGGGGGGUGGAAGUCGCCACCCGAAGGCGUAGAGCCAACCAAUGAACUACCCUUUGGUCCGCUUUACGAACAUUCGAUUUUUGAUGACGUCACAACUGCUUGGGAAAUUGACAUUCAUGAUCAGAUUGAACAGAUCGGUAAAAAUUUCAUUGAAAAAUUACACGGAAGUUUCAGUGGAUUUGUCCACAAAUCAAAGGAAUAUGUUGAAGAAAGGGAGGGGCAUUUACGGGAAAGAGAGCGUGAGAUGUACGAGCGGGAAUCCGUGACGGAUAAAUUGACUGGUCGUCUGCAAGACAAGGAACGUCGUCUGAACGAGGAGCUGGAAACGUGUGAAACAAAGACGCGGGAAUUUGAAUCCCGGCGACUGCAACUGGAGAAGGAAUUUUUGGAGAAGGUUGAAAAAGUUGAGAAAAAUUUGGAAGAAAGAACAACUGAAUUAGAAAAACAGAAAACGCAAUUGGAGAAAGAAAAGAAUAAUUUUGAGGAAGAAAUGAAGAAAAUGUCAGAGUUGCACAAAAUACGAGACAGUCGAAUCAAAUUAGACAUAGGUGGUCAUCAGUUUACUACAUCAUUACUCAGUUUAACACGUGACCCGGCCUCCAUGCUGUCCGCCAUGUUUAGUGGGCGGCACGAUAUAAAGAAAGAAACAGACGGUAGUUAUUUCAUUGAUAGAGAUGGCACUCAUUUCCGAUAUAUAUUAAAUUAUCUGCGUGAUGGUGGAAUCAAAGAGGGAACACUACCCAAUUGUGAAAACAUAUGGAGGGAACUACUUACCGAAGCGGAAUAUUACCAGUUAAACGAACUCGCUGAAUAUCUGAAUGCGCUCCUUUUCUGUAAAACAUCACCAGAUGGCGACACUUUCGUAUAGGCUAAAACGCACAAUUUUGAUUGAUAAAGGACAUCCUCAAAUAAAAAUCAUUUCCAUAGACUAUUUGAAAUAUAAACUCUGCAAUUUCAACUACGGACACCGUUGAUGGUAAUAUUUUCCUAUUUUUAGUCAAAUAUUAAAAUUGAAGGCAAUUUUAGUUGCUUUCGUUUGUGAUCGUCCUCGAUUUUGUUAGGCCUAUAUUUUCCCCAAAAUGUAUGUUUUACUGAACUUUUCGGCAUUUGAAAUAACCUGUGUUGAACUCAGAAAUAUUUCGAUUUGAAUGUGCUUUCAUGUGUAUUCUUGUCAAUGUGCAGUUUAAACUGUGUGCGGAUUUGGGAUUGAAGUGGCUUGCUUUGUUAAAGGGAGACAACUCCAGUUUUGAGAAAUUAAACUAUGCAAUUUAAAAUACAGUGAUUUGUCCAUUAAAGAAAACUGUAUUUGCAAUGGAUAUAUUAUAUUUUAAACACUUGCGGUUACCGAUUGCAGUCUGGUGAUUCGUGUAGUUGGCUUGAAUUAAGCAUUGUCCAUAUAUGCAAGCCUAGAAUUUCACCCGUUCCUCUCUCCGCUCUGCCCCAAUUAGAAGUAAUAUUAUUAUUACGACCAUGGGUUACGAAUUACGAUACUGUAAAUAUAAUAUGAUAUUUAUAUAGGCCCAUGUUUGUUUAUAUAGGCCUAUUUGUGUGUAUAUUUUUGUAUAUUGGAGAAUAAUUGUGAUAUACGAUAUAUUUUAUAGAUGUAUAUAUAGAAUAUUGUUAUUUAUAGAAAACAGAGAUAUUGCAUACAAUUAAUGAGAAAUAGAAUUCAAUGUAACUAUAAUGAAAACACUUAAAGGGCCUUUAUGGGAGAUAAGAUAAAAAGUUGUCAGUUCUCGCUAUAAUAGUACGUAAAUAGAAUAUGCUGAAAAUUUCAGUCAAAUUGCCCCACUCUGAAACGAGAUAUUAGCGGUUGAAUUUUAGGCCUAGCCUCGAUCAUCAUUACUAAAGUCGCUACGAUAAGAAAACAAAGUCUCGAUUAUCCAAUUUUACGUUUAAUUAUUUUUUUAAAAAUGUAUCCCAAUCCGCUAAAUAUCCCAGGCUGGGAUGGUAUCGAGAGUUGAUUUUGGUCUGGAUAAGUUAAUCAAUGUCUAAUUAAUAAUUUAGAUAACAUUUCAGGCCUAAAGAAAGACUUGCAAUAGACAGAUUUACCUCUUGUAUAAUGUAUGUUUAAUGAAGUAAUUAAAAUGUUGAAUUAACA